CUUCGAGGGAAAGAGAACAUUACCAUGGCUUCAAAGCUAGUGAUUAUUAUUGUGUUCAUUCUAGAUCUCAUCGCUGUUGGACUAGCCAUUGCCGCCGAGCAAAGAAGAAGCGUCGGUAAGGUUGUACCGGACAAGGAGAAAGUAUAUGAGUACUGUGAGUAUGGCUCAGACAUAGCUACAAGUUAUGGAGCUGGUGCUUUUGUGCUUCUCUUGACAACUCAAGUCAUUAUUAUGGUGGCUAGUAAGUGUUUCUGCUGUGGCAAGGCUCUUCACCCUGGUGGUUCAAGAGCUUGUGCCAUCAUCCUCUUCCUCAUUUGCUGGGUGUUUUUCUUGAUUGCUGAGAUAUGUUUGCUUGCGGCAUCAAUUAGAAACGCGUACCACACUAAGUACAGGAAGAUGUGGAACGUGGAUGAGCCUCCGAGCUGUGAAGUGAUCCGUAAAGGAGUGUUUGCAGCUGGUGCUUCAUUUGCACUCUUCACUGCUAUAGUCUCUCAGUUCUAUUACGUGUGCUAUUCUCGUGCCAGAGAUGAUUACAAGAACCCACCUUACUAGUGGAACAGUUUGUUUCAUUUCUCACUGAUUCAUCAUGAUGGUAUCAAUGAUCUGAUCGUGUUAUUGAUUUGCUUAUUGCUUGUAUUCGCUUAAGCCCACAUUGAAUGAAAUUACCAUAACAUUUUCCGAA